GUAAGGGAACGUGGCUUUCCCCGCAGCGCCCGUCUUCCCGUCUUGCGUCUCUGCUGCGGCGGCUGGAGCUGGAGUCGGACCCGGAGCGCAGCGUCGCCAUGGACUCGGCCCUCAGCGACCCGCACAACGGCAGCGCCGAGGCAGGCGGCGCAGCCAACGGCACGACGCGGCCGCCUUCCACGCCCGAGGGCAUCGCGCUGGCCUACGGCAGCCUCCUGCUCAUGGCGCUGCUGCCCAUCUUCUUCGGCGCCCUGCGCUCCGUGCGCUGCGCGCGCGGCAAGAACGCCUCAGACAUGCCUGAGACUAUCACCAGCCGGGACGCCGCCCGGUUCCCUAUCAUCGCCAGCUGCACGCUCUUGGGGCUCUAUCUCUUUUUCAAAAUAUUCUCCCAGGAGUACAUCAACCUCUUGCUGUCCAUGUAUUUCUUCGUGUUGGGGAUCCUGGCCCUGUCCCACACCAUCAGCCCCUUCAUGAAUAAGUUUUUUCCAGCCAACUUCCCAAAUCGACAGUACCAGCUGCUCUUCACGCAGGGCUCUGGGGAGAACAAGGAAGAGAUCAUCAAUUAUGAGUUUGACGCCAAGGACCUGGUAUGCCUGGGCCUGAGCAGCAUCGUUGGCGUCUGGUACCUGCUGAGGAAGCACUGGAUUGCCAACAAUCUCUUUGGCCUGGCCUUCUCCCUUAACGGGGUGGAGCUCCUGCAUUUAAACAACGUCAGCACCGGCUGCAUCCUGCUAGGCGGGCUCUUCAUCUACGAUGUCUUCUGGGUAUUUGGCACCAAUGUGAUGGUGACAGUGGCCAAGUCCUUUGAGGCACCAAUAAAAUUGGUGUUUCCCCAGGACCUACUGGAGAAGGGCCUCGAAGCGGACAACUUUGCCAUGCUGGGACUUGGAGAUAUCGUCAUUCCGGGGAUCUUCAUUGCCUUGCUGCUACGGUUUGACAUCAGCUUAAAGAAGAACACCCACACCUAUUUCUACACCAGCUUCGCAGCCUACAUCUUCGGCCUGGGCCUCACCAUCUUCAUCAUGCACAUCUUCAAGCAUGCCCAGCCUGCCCUUCUGUACCUGGUCCCCGCCUGCAUCGGCUUUCCUGUCCUGGUGGCACUGGCCAAGGGGGAAGUGACAGAGAUGUUCAGCUACGAGUCCUCGGCGGAAAUCCUGCCUCACACCCCGAGGCUCACCCACUUCCCCACAGUCUCGGGCUCCCCAGCCAGCCUGGCCGACUCCAUGCAACAGAAGCUAGCUGGCCCUCGCCGCCGGCGCCCGCAGAAUCCCAGCGCCAUUUAUGAGGAGUCAAACCCUAAGGAUGCAGCAGCAGUGACAGAGGGAUCCAAAGAGGGAACAGAGGCCUCGGCAUCGAAGGGGCUGGAGAAGAAGGAGAAAUGAUACAGCUGGGGCCUGACCCUCUGAGGGCCAGGCCAGGCAGGCGGGGGCAGGCCAGCACAGGCCUGCGCGGGCAGAGGGCAUCAGAGGGCAUCGGAGGCCAAGGGUGCGGGAGGCCGGGCAGCUUCAGGAGAGGGGCGGGGGCAACAGGAUCCCUCCAGCGGGGCCUCCCAUGGCCUGGUUCCUUCAUCCUCCUUCUCUGGCCUUCUUCUGCCCCUUCCCAUCCCCUGCAGGCAAAAGAAGCCCCAACUUCCCUCACCCUCCCAGAUGCCAGGCGGGAAAAGUGGAUCUGAUUUUUAGAUUUUUGUAUUGUGGACUGACUUUGCCUUACAUUAAAAAUUCAUCCCAGGGGUGCCUGGGUGGCUCAG